AUGCCCUGGCGAAAGUCGGACGCAUACGGCUCGCAGCCAUAUUCCGCCUUUUCUGACCCGAGUGGCUUCGAUUUUACCUUCGAUGUGGGCUCGGACAACUUCAUGAGCCCAUAUGCAUUCCCUCAUAUGUCGCCUGAUUCCGCAUGGACACCAACUUCGCAGCAGUUCGCUACAUCAGCUCAGUCAGAUUCGUUGUCUCCUCUAGAGAUCAACAACUUCACAUCUCCGACCCAGGAUCAGGAUCUUCAGUAUGCGCCAUCUACAAAUCCGUCUGUUCAUUCCGAUGGAAGUUCUCUCGCCGCUUUUUCCGUUCGCCAGUCUUACCUAGACCAGCAGAAGCCCUCGACGCAGCUACUUGAUCCCAGUGACCUAUCUCACGGUCAAAAACGCAACGCUUCAUUCCUGGACUUCGAAACCCCUCAAGUUCCUGCCGAACGUAAUGGUGAUCAACAACAGAGCUUGACUACCCCUUCGACAUCAUCCCCGGCUGUGGCUAUCAAAUCGCGACAGAGCUCUAGCGCUGGUAGUCCCGAGGACGCCUCUCAGACUUCUGACGCUGCUGCUGCUCGCGUCCGCACAACAGAUUCUGCCAAAGUACGACACAAUAUCGUAGAGCGACGAUAUCGCGAAAAUAUCAACGCACAAGUCGAUGUACUGCGUGAAAGCAUUGUCGCCACGGUUCACUCGAAAGAGGAACAGCAAGGUGGAUCGGCGUCUCGGUUGGGAGCCGACGAGCUCAAAAGACUCACCAAAGCCGCUGUCAUCGCAGCAGCCACGAAACAAAUAAGGCGCGCAAGGACCGAGAAUGAGCGUCUGCUGGACGAACAUCGCUCUCUCCAGGCCCAGAUUCGAGAACUCGAGAGUCUGGUCAAGUGCGGAGAUUGUCCGCUUAUGAAGCUGACUGUCGACCUCAGUCUGGAAAGCCCGACUCAGCCACCUUGA